UUCAACUUUCAACAGUUGGCAACAUGGCUUCAAAUUCCGCGGGAAAUUCAACGACUUCCGAAGCGGAAGUCAAUGCAGCCCUGCAAAAAGUGAUAGAGUUGGCUCAUGAAAAAUCCGGAACACUAUCCAAUACUGAUUUGGUGGAAUCCUUCCCGGAGAUGACUCCAGCUGUGCGUGUGGAUGUGAUUAAUCGGAUGCUGCAGCAGGGGCAGAUGGAAGUGCUAAAGAAAGGCAACCAACUGGUGUACAGGCUCAAAGAUCCUAAAAAGCAAGCCGCGGCGCCCAAAGGGGCAGACAAUGAGGAAAAAAUCGUAUACAGCAUCAUCGAGGAGGGUGGAAAUAAGGGUAUCUGGAUCAGGGACAUUCGGGUGAAGAGCAAUUUGAUCAUGACGCAGCUGAACAAAAUCCUCAAGAGUCUGGAGAAUAAGAAGCUCAUCAAGGCGGUUAAAUCUGUGAAUGCCAGCAAGAAGAAAGUGUACAUGCUGUACAAUCUCGAUCCGGACAGAUCUGUCACAGGAGGAGCUUGGUACCAGGAUCAGGACUUUGAGUCAGAGUUCGUGGAUGUGCUCAAUCAGCAGUGUCUGAGAUAUCUCCAAAUGCGCAGCGAGAGUGCAGCUCAGGACAAAGAAGGACCUCUUCUGGCCAAGCAAAAGUCCCUCUGUUCCGUGGGCGAUGUUCACCAAUUCAUCUCGGAUCUGGGCAUCAGCAAAGUGAAUUUGGAUGAGGAGGAUCUCGAGACAAUCCUCAAAACUGUCGUUUAUGAUGGAAAAGCUGAAAGAAUUGUCCAAAUGGACGGAUCUUCCCUCUACAGAGCCAUUGUUCCAGCACUUCCGCCACCUGGACUUGUUCAGAUGCCCUGUGGCAUCUGCCCUGUCAUCUCCAAUUGCUCUACUUGUGGCCUGGUGACCCCCAAAACUUGCCAGUAUAUGUCCGAGUGGCUCAAUUAAUUACUGAAAUAUAAUAUUUAUUCAAAAAUAA